AUGGCAUACUCUCAACUUCAAAAGCUGGAAGCCAAUGUGCAUAUCAAGGCUUCUGCUGAGCAGUUCCAUGAUGUUUUAUGCAACAGGACACACCAUAUUGCCAACAUUUUGCCUAAAAAAAUACAUUCUGUUGAAAUUCAUCAAGGUGAAUGGGGCACUGAGGGAUCCAUCAUCUCCUGGAAUUAUUUACUUGAUGGGAAAGUUGGAGUGGCUAAGGAGGUGGUUGAAAGCGUAGACAAGGAAAACCAUAAAACCAACUUCAAGGUUAUAGAGGGUGACCUAUUGAGGCAUUACAAGAGCUUCAGGCUUAUAGGGCAAGCUAUUCCAAAGGAAAAUGGAAGUGUGGUGCAUUGGGUUCUGGAAUAUGAGAAACAAACAGGCCAUACUUCUGACCCUUACACCUUAUUGGAUUUGACAAUUGAGAUGAGCAAAGAGAUUGGUGCUUACCUUACUCAACAAAACAUCACUAAGUAA